GUUGGAGUUUUCUCUUCUCGUCUAAUUCUCCUUGAAUUCUCCCCAACACGAACUCCUGCAGUUGCUGUCAUUUAUUCUCAGCAGUAUCUUGAUCGUGCUUCCCUAUAAUACGUCUCUAUUGUUUACUUUCUUAAAUUCAUCCACGAACGAACCGUCUUCUCUCAUACCGACACAGUUCCUAUGAUGUUUCGUCCUUUAGGACAUUUCUAUCUAGCUGAGAUUUGCGACAUCGGCUGAACAAGCCUGUGCAAGUAUAUAUGUUCUUCGAGCUGAACCGCCACCUAGCCUAGCAAUGUACCCCGGGCCCAAGAAUAGACUGGUCAUUACCUUCUGCAUAUGGGGUGCUAAUCGCCAGUACUCAGUCCAAGAAUGAACGUCUGGUCUUCUCGGAUGAAUUGUCGAAUCCAUCCAACGGGGUUCAUUUCUCAUACCCCCCCUCUCCAACAAUCUUGCUUCCUGCUCAUGCGGCAUUUCCGCCGACUUCUCCCUCUAGACGUGGGUCCAGACGUCCCACCUACCCGUGAUAAGAAUGCCUUUGUCUAUCUGUUUCAUCACAAGGCAUUAUCGUCUUUGAAACCAGUCACACAUUCUAGGCUCUUCGUAUCGCUAGGAUGCAACUGCUUUUGUUUUGCUGAUCCAGCGCAAAGUAUGACGGUUGCUAGGACGACCCUUCGACGUGGGCUACAUCAUUCUAGCCUUGACACCAUAGACAGAAGCUGUCUUCAGGUCGUUUCUGGCAGCUGCCGCCUUAAUGUCCGGUGACGUUCAAGAUAAGUUCCCUGUCCUGUCUAUCGUUGCCUUUGACGUAGAGCCGCGGAGACCCAUUUUCCGCAAUAGGCAUGGACAGCUUUGGUGGCUCUUGCGAUCUAUAAAAGGAGUCUUGCAGA